AUGGCGAUACUACUAUUGAUGGUUUUUUCAAGCGUCUUCAGCCCUUCCGAAUCUCCAUCCGUUCCUUCUUCCAAUUCAAAAACUCACAAGCAAAAUAAAUUGCCAAUUGUAACGGCAUUUGACGCUUCAGAUGCUCGUGAUAAAGGCAUUGUCAUGUGUAUGAACAACGCUGCAGUGCCUUUGGGACUGUCAUUGAUCCGAGAAUUGCGAUGUCUUGGAAAUCAAGAGCUUAUCCAAGUCUAUCAUUGUUUUCAGGAUGAGUUGUCCGAUAAAAGUCGCGAGUUAAUGUUGCAUACGGACGCUCGACUUGAGGUGAUUGAUGUCUGUACCGAUUUCGUUGACCGUGGUGUCAUCAAGCACGAAAUGGCGAGCAAAUUUCGAGAUGGGUGGCUCAACUCGUUGGCUCUUUAUCAUACGAAUAUCAACGAGGUGUUACUUUUGAAUGUAGAGACGAUUUUUCAACGAGAUCCUGCGAUUUUGAGAGAUACAGAUGGGUAUCAAAGAACGGGUACAACGUUCUUUCAUGGUCGUGAUGUGUGGAAUAUCGAGUGGUUAAAUUCCUCGAAAAACAUGUCAUACUUGAAGAAAUUACAUGCGGAGUUUAACUUUACUGGAUCCAAACUGAGUGACCGAAUAGUGCGUACAGAACUCAGCUAUGCGUACAAUAACGAAUCCCUACACACACAAACCUCGUCAAUGGUGGCCGUGAACAAAGCUCGAUCGGGUCAAGCAAUGAAAACACUUUUUUGGCUCAUUACGAAGCAAAGGUUUGAGCCUGAACCUUCAUUCGAUGGCCAUAACGUAUACUGGAUUGCCUAUACAUUGGCAAAACAGGAGCUUUUCUUCUCACCGUAUGGGCCUAGUGUCAUUGAUUCAUCGCGUAAUGAUGAUAUGAAGAACCACCCAAAUACGCUGUGUGGAAGUCUCGCGCAGUAUAUGCCUGUAAGCAACGAUGUACCCGAACUGCUGUAUGUAGAUGGAAAAGCUUUACUCGAUCCUUUUCCCGAGGGACUUCAAAACAGAGGAAAAGCGUUUGCCCAUGUCUUGUACAACCCCACGCCGACACAUAUCACGCCACGACGAAAUAAUCAAGCAUAUCUUGAUUCGUCGAGCAGCUCUGCCAAAACUUUUCCAAUUGAAUGCCUCGUUGGUUAUGGUGCUACCCCCCUUCCGAUCGACUUUGCGUCGCAACUAUUAAGAAGAAGAAUGUUUUACUUGGAAAUACAAAUGAAUGUGCUCACUGCUAUGGAUUCGUGUUACGAAUUUGAUUGA